GCGUCGCCCAGGAAGUCUCGCGAUAGCGAGCGGCGGCUGCCCUUGGCCGCGGAGUUCUUUUGGCUGUGCGGUGCGGGUCUGCGGGGGCAUAGCUAUGGCGCGGACGCUUCUUCAGCGGUACUGGGACAUCCCCGAUGGCACCGAGUGUCACCGCAAGGCCUACGCUAGCACAAGUAUCAGCGGUGCCGUUGGCUUGAUCGCCUCCGCCUAUAGCAUUGCACUCAAGCCCCCUGACUCCUUCCUGGAGGGAGUGGCCAGGACUGGACGGUACACAUUUACUGCAGCUGCCAUUGGUGCCAUAUUUGGCAUUGCCUCCUGCGUCAGUGCCAAGGUCCGCGAGAAACCCGACGACCCCCUGAACUACUUUAUUGGAGGCUGUGCCGGAGGUCUGACCCUGGGAGCACGCACUCACAGCUAUGGGGUCGGAGCUGCGGCCUGUGCAUACAUGGGCAUGACGGCCGCCCUGGUCAAGAUGGGCCAGCUGGAAGGCUGGAAGGUGUUUGCAGAGCCCAGGGUAUGAGUCCCACCACCUCCCUCAACCUUGGGCAGGUGGAAAUGCCCUAAAAUUAAAUUAUGU